AUGAGGAUGCAAAUCCAGUUGGAUUUUUUGGGUUCAGGGUGCAAAUCCACCGUGCAGCGGGGCCGGAUCCCCCCCAGCCCCUCCAGCAGCAGCCCCAACCCCCUCCCCAGCGCCGAGUUCUCCAACGGGCAGCCGGUGUCGGAGCUGAUCUCCUAUUGGACGCUAAAGUCCCAACCCUCUCUUCUCACAGCCGUGCAGCGGGGCCGGAUCCCCCCCAGCCACUCCAGCAGCAGCCCCAACCCCCUGCCCAGCGCCGAGUUCUUCAACGGGCAGCCGGUGUCGGAGCUGAUCUCGCAGCUGCUGCGCGCCGAGCCCUACCCGGCGGCGCGCUACGGCUCGCAGUACGCGCAGCACGGCAGCGUCAUGGGCAUCGACAACAUCUGUGAGCUGGCCGCCCGCCUGCUCUUCAGCACCGUGGAGUGGGCCCGCAACAUCCCCUUCUUCCCCGAGCUGCCCGUGUCGGACCAGGUGGCGCUGCUGCGGCUGAGCUGGAGCGAGCUGUUCGUGCUGAACGCGGCGCAGUCGGCGCUGCCGCUGCACAUGGCGCCGCUGCUGGCGGCCGCCGGCUUCCACGCCGCGCCCAUGGCGGCCGACAGGGUGGUGGCCUUCAUGGACCAGAUCCGCGUCUUCCAGGAGCAGGUGGACAAGCUCAACCGGCUGCAGGUGGACUCGGCGGAGUACAGCUGCCUCAAGGCCAUCGCGCUCUUCACGCCGGACGCCUGCGGGCUGUCGGACGCGGCGCACGUGGAGGCCCUGCAGGAGAAGGCGCAGGUGGCGCUGACCGAGUACGAGCGCUCGCAGUUCCCGGCGCAGCCGCAGCGCUUCGGGCGGCUCCUGCUGCGGCUGCCGGCGCUGCGCGCCGUGCCCGCCUCGCUCAUCUCCCAGCUCUUCUUCAUGCGCCUGGUGGGCAAGACGCCCAUCGAGACCCUGAUCCGCGACAUGCUGCUGUCCGGCAGCACCUUCAACUGGCCCUACGGCGCCGGCCAGUAGGGCAGGAGGGGAGGGGAGGACGGGAGGAGAGGGAGUGGUGGGUUGGAGCGGCGCCGGGAAUGGCGCUGGGAAUGGUGGAUUUGGGAUUGGCCAAAAAAAACGGACUGGGAAUUGGUCAAAAUGCCGGAUUGGGAAUUGGCCGAAAUGUCAGAUUGGGAUUGGCCAAAAAAACGGACUGGGAAUUGGUCAAAAUGUCAGAUUGGGAAUUGGCCAAAAUCCGGACUGGGAAUUGGUCAAAAUGCCGGAUUGGGAAUUGGCCGAAAUGUCAGAUUGGGAUUGGCCAAAAACUGGACUGGGAAUUGGUCAAAAUACCAGAUUGGGAAUUGGCCAAAAAACCGGAUUGGGAAUUGGUCAAAAUACUGGAUUGGGAUUUGGCCAAAAUCCGGACUGGGAAUUGGCCAAAAUGCCGGAUUGGGAAUUGGCCAAAAACUGGACUGGGAAUUGGCCAAAAUACCAGAUUGGGAAUUGGUCAAAAUACUGGAUUGGGAUUUGGCCAAAAUCCGGACUGGGAAUUGGCCAAAAAACCGGAUUGGGAAUUGGUCAAAAUACUGGAUUGGGAUUUGGCCAAAAUCCGGACUGGGAAUUGGCCAAAAUGCCGGAUUGGGAAUUGGCCAAAAAACUGGACUGGGAAUUGGUCAAAAUACUGGAUUGGGGAAUUGGCCAAAAAACCGGAUUGGGAAUUGGUCAAAAAACCGGACUGGGAAUUGGUCAAAAUGCCGGAUUGGGAAUUGGCCGAAAUGUCA